ACUGUGCAGAAGGGACUGGUGGGGGCCGGGGCAGGUGUGAGGCUGGGAGGGGGCUAUGCUUGGUGAUUGUGGAGCCAGUCCGCUCCUCACGGCCUAUGCGGGGCAGAAAGGAAGCAAGGACGACCCUGAGGCUGUUCUGAGUAGGGACAGUCUGGGGUCAAGGCUGGGCAGACCUUGUCUCAUCUAGACUGGGAUGGAGCGGGGGUCUCCCUGAGGUGGUCGGAGACUGCACAGCUGGCACCGGGGAUGACCUCCCCACCCCAGAGAUGCCAGCGCUUCCAGGGUCUCUUCUACCUAAAAUCCAAGGGGCCGCGGGAGGUGUGCCGGCGCCUGCAGGAGCUGUGCCGGGGCUGGCUGGAGCCCCAGCGCCGCAGCAAGGAGCAGGUGCUGGAGCUGGUGGUGCUGGAGCAGUUCCUGGCCAUCCUGCCCCCGGGGAUGCAGAGUUGGGAGUGGGGGCGCAGCGUGGAGACCUGCGCUGAGGCUGUGGCCCUGGCCGAGGGGAUUCAGCUGGGCCAGGGGGAAGGUGACCAUCUCCUGGUGAAAGCAUUUGUUUCACCCUAGUCAUCAAUGCUGCUGUCCCUACAUCUAAGUGUUUUGGGGAUGUUCCCUCCCCGCCCCGUCGCUUCCACAUCCCUGCUCCCCAGUGAUGUAUUUAUCUUGACCCCAGGUCACAGCGAGGGUGAAGGUCA